CCUUUUCCCGAGGGUGGGGGAGGACCAUAUAUAAGUGCCGUAGUCCGCGUGAACGUUCUUUUUCGCAACGGGUUUGCCGCCAGGACACAGGUGUCGUGAAAACCACCGCUAAACCUAAGCAAAAAUGGGAAAGGAGAAGACCCAUAUCAACAUCGUUGUCAUCGGACACGUAGAUUCGGGGAAGUCCACCACUACUGGCCAUCUGAUCUACAAAUGUGGUGGGAUCGACAAGAGAACCAUUGAAAAGUUCGAGAAGGAGGCUGCCGAGAUGGGGAAGGGCUCCUUCAAGUAUGCCUGGGUCUUGGACAAACUGAAGGCUGAACGCGAGCGUGGUAUCACCAUUGAUAUCUCCCUAUGGAAAUUCGAGACCAGCAAGUACUAUGUUACCAUCAUUGAUGCCCCAGGACACAGAGACUUCAUCAAAAACAUGAUCACAGGCACAUCCCAGGCUGACUGUGCUGUCCUGAUCGUUGCUGCUGGUGUUGGUGAAUUUGAAGCAGGUAUUUCCAAGAAUGGGCAGACCCGUGAGCAUGCCCUUCUGGCCUACACUCUGGGUGUGAAACAACUCAUUGUUGGAGUUAACAAAAUGGAUUCCACCGAGCCACCCUACAGUCAGAAGAGAUACGAGGAAAUUGUAAAGGAAGUCAGCACCUACAUUAAGAAAAUUGGCUACAACCCCGACACAGUAGCAUUUGUGCCAAUUUCUGGCUGGAAUGGUGACAACAUGCUGGAGCCCAGUGCUAACAUGCCGUGGUUCAAGGGAUGGAAAGUCACCCGUAAAGAUGGCAACGCCAGUGGAACCACACUGCUUGAAGCUCUGGAUUGCAUCCUGCCACCAACUCGCCCAACUGACAAGCCCUUGCGUUUGCCCCUCCAGGACGUCUACAAAAUUGGUGGUAUUGGCACUGUUCCUGUGGGUCGAGUAGAGACUGGUGUUCUCAAACCUGGCAUGGUGGUCACCUUUGCUCCAGUCAACGUGACAACUGAAGUGAAGUCUGUUGAAAUGCACCAUGAAGCUUUGAGUGAAGCCCUUCCUGGGGACAAUGUGGGCUUCAAUGUCAAGAAUGUGUCUGUCAAAGAUGUUCGUCGUGGCAAUGUGGCUGGUGACAGCAAAAAUGACCCACCGAUGGAAGCAGCUGGCUUCACAGCUCAGGUGAUUAUCUUGAACCAUCCAGGCCAAAUCAGUGCCGGCUAUGCACCUGUGCUGGAUUGCCACACGGCUCACAUUGCCUGCAAGUUUGCUGAGCUGAAGGAGAAGAUUGAUCGUCGUUCUGGGAAAAAGCUGGAAGAUGGCCCCAAAUUCUUGAAAUCUGGUGAUGCUGCCAUCGUUGAUAUGGUUCCUGGCAAACCCAUGUGUGUUGAGAGCUUCUCUGACUAUCCUCCUUUGGGCCGCUUUGCUGUUCGUGACAUGAGACAGACAGUCGCUGUGGGUGUCAUCAAAGCAGUGGACAAGAAGGCAGCUGGAGCUGGCAAGGUCACCAAGUCUGCCCAGAAAGCUCAGAAGGCUAAAUGAAUAUUAUCCCCAAUACCUGCCACCCCAGUCUUAAUCAGUGGUGGAAGAGCGGUCUCAGAACUGUUUGUCUCAAUUGGCCAUUUAAGUUUAAUAGCAAAAGACUGGUUAAUGAUAACAAUGCAUCGUAAAACCUUCAGAAGGAAAGGAGAAUGUGUUGUGGACCAUUUGUUUUGUGUGUGGCAGUUUUAAGUUAUUAGUUUUUAAAAUCAGUACUUUUUAAUGGAAACAACUUGACCAAAAAUCUGUCACAGAAUUUGAGACCCAUUAAAAAAGUUUAAUGAGAA